AACCCAGUUUUCUGUCUUUCCUCUGUAGAAAGAAGUUAAUCGGAGGGAAGGUACCAGGGCAACAUGAUGACCUCCCCAAACACAACCACGCCCAGCGAUGUCCUCUUUCCAAAUCCAACUUCUCAGCCAAACUGGUGCCCCCCCACUUGCACCUUCCCCCAUUCCACCGCCCAACAUAUUAGUCACCGUGCCAACAAUUACAAGCGGCAUCCCAAGAGAAGGAAGUUAAUCCGGCCUUCUCCCCCUCCUCCUCCCAAUACUCCCAUUCCCAUCGAGCUCAUUGAUUUCAGUGAGAUCCCGCCACGACAUUCCUUCUUGGAACUGCUUUUCAAUGGGUGUAUUCUGUUUGGGAUUGAGUUCAGCUAUGCAAUGGAAACAGCCUAUGUCACUCCUAUCCUCCUACAAAUGGGCUUACCAGAUGAACUGUACAGCAUGGUUUGGUUCAUCAGUCCCAUAUUAGGUUUCUUGGUUCAGCCUGUGUUAGGUGCCUGGAGCGACAGCUGUUCCUCUCGCUUUGGCCGGCGCAGACCCUUCAUACUGGUUCUGGCAAUUGGUGCACUGAUUGGCCUCUCGUUGCUACUCAAUGGUCAGGACAUUGGUCUUGCUGUUGCUGACACAGUGACUAACCACAAAUGGGGCAUCAUUCUGACUAUCUGUGGUGUUGUAUUAAUGGAUUUCAGUGCCGACUCAGCAGACAACCCGAGCCACGCCUACAUGAUGGAUGUCUGCUGCCCAGAGGAUCAGGAUCGAGGCUUGAAUAUCCACGCUCUACUGGCAGGUCUGGGAGGUGGAUUUGGUUACAUCAUUGGUGGGAUCAAGUGGGACCGGACAAAUUUUGGAAAAGUGUUAGGAGGUCAGCUUCGGGUUGUCUACAUUUUCACUGCAAUAACACUGACCAUAACUACCAUCCUGACACUGACCAGUAUCCCAGAAAAGCGGCUGAACACACAGGGCAAAAGGAAGAAAGUGAUGAAGAGCCCCAGCCUUGCUCUACCUCCCUCUCCACCAAUGGUUCUCGAAGAAGGUGGAGGCCAGACUGCCAGUCAAAAUGCCACGCGGAUGUACACCAGCAUGACUAGUCCCAUUUCCCCACUGAGCCCCCUGACCCCCAAGUACGGGAGUUUUAUGAGCCGCGACAGCUCUCUGACUGGGAUUAAUGAGUUUGCCUCAUCCUAUGGGACCUCUUAUAUUGACACUGUCCUCAUCGACUGCUACACAGGGGCCAAUGACCAGUACAUCAGCUUUCCCAGACACACACUGAGCGCCAGUCUCCCCCGGAUACCCGAUGCAGUGGAAAAUGAGGAAAUGGGGUCCUCAGUGGUCAGUGAGAAUACAGGGAGCCUGCAGGUUGCUUCGCUCGAUGCCACGAGAAACCCAGCAUCAGGAAUUCUCAAAAGACCUGAAACUUUGAGCAUUCCAAACAAUUACCUUGGAAACGGUGGUGACAACAAUCGGAGGAGGACAGUAACCUUCAGUCAACAGGUUGCGAAUAUCUUGCUGAAUGGAGUGAAAUACGAAACUGACUUGAAUGGAUCAGGAGAAUUAUCAGAAAGGCCUCUCUCCACAUCCUCCUUGUUCUCAUCAAUCUGUCAGAUGCCAAAACCGUUGCGGAAUCUGUGUGUUAAUCACUUCUUAGGCUGGCUUUCCUUUGAAGGCAUGCUGCUUUUUUACACUGACUUCAUGGGGGAGGUGGUGUAUGGAGGGGACCCCAAGGCCCCUCGUGACUCAGAAGCAUUUCAGAACUACAACGCAGGAGUGAGUGUGGGCUGCUGGGGUAUGUGCAUCUACGCAUUCAGCGCUGCGUUUUACUCAGCACUCCUGGAGAAGCUCGAAGAAUAUUUCAGUAUCCGAACUCUAUACUUCUUUGGCUACCUUUCCUUUGGGAUUGGCACUGGCAUUGCCACUCUGUCCAGGAACAGCUAUGUUCUUUUAUCGCUCUGUGUUACAUAUGGGGUGCUAUUUUCUUCACUUUGCACUCUACCCUACUCGCUGCUGUGUGAAUACUACCAGAGCAAAAAGUUUGUAGGACCGAAUGCAAAUGGGACCAAGCGGGGGAUGGGUGUGGACAUUUCACUCCUGAGUUGCCAGUACUUCCUUGCACAGGUCAUCGUUUCCAUAGUGAUGGGCCCCCUAACAUCAGUUGUGGGCAGUGCCAAUGGGGUGAUGUACUUUGCCAGCCUGACCUCCUUCAUCGGGUGCUUAUACUCUUCUCUGUUUGUGAUUUACGAGAUCUCUCCCGAUGAUAACGGUGAGGAGCAAACUCCCCUACUUGUGAACGUCUGACUCUAUGAGUUCCACUUUCAAUAUGUUCAAGGAACU